AUGGCUCAUAGGGCGUUUGUACAAGUGAUAAUAACGGGUGCUCAAGUAUUCGGGAAGGCAUUCGGUGAAGCCUACAGACAAGCUGCCGCUCAAUCGGUUAAGCAAGGUGCUUCCAAUGCUGCAAGAGGGCGUACUGGGAGGAAAGCGGAAUAUGGUGGCAUUACGUUGGAUGAAAGUUGUAAGAUUUUGAACGUGGAGGAUACGGCUAAUUUGAAACCAGAGAAGAUCAAUGAACGAUUUAAGUAUCUUUUCGAGAUAAAUGAUAAGGAUAAAGGUGGGAGUUUCUAUUUGCAAAGUAAGAUAUAUAGAGCUGCUGAAAGGCUCAAAUGGGAAAUCGCAGAAAGAGAAAGGUUGGAGAAUGAAAAGAAGCAAGAGCAACAGCAAGGACAGGCAGAUACAAAUGCUUCUACGGCGAACAAUUCGAAAGAGGAUCAACCGCCUAAGGAAUAG